GGGGCAUUGAUGCUUCAUCGCCAGGAACCAGCAGUGAUGCAUCAAGGGGAAGUACAGACACUAUGUGAGAUCACAAUGAAAUACCACGGACCAAACCUUACUCUGCCACGGGACCAGUAUGAACCCAAACAGGAAGUCGCCAUCGACCAGCAGCAUUGUGGGGGAAAUACACUGACUGUUUUCAAAGAGAGGCUAAAGGCAGGAGACAAGUUUACGUUUAUAUCCCGACGUCACCGUGGUUUCCCAUUCAGUCUGUCGGUAUACGUUGAUGGCCGUAUGGACUUCCGGAUCAGCCGCUGCUGUGAAUACAAACACUUCAAGGGAGUCCGACUCGGAGGCAAGCUUGGACACUUCAGUCUACUGGGUGUAGAGGGAGCCACUCCCUGUUACAG